AUGAUGACGAUGACCGUGACUUUCAAUUUUCUGGGUUUAGGUCAGCAUGUCGAUAUUCGAAUCGCUCUUGAAAACGAAGAUAAUCGAAAAAAGGAGGAACUUCGUAUGGAAGACGGUCAAGUCUAUCCACUCCCGAUCUACUAUGAUGGUGAGACAGUAUCCGGAAACGUGCUGAUAGGAAUGAAACGGGGCAAAUCACUCGAGCAUCAGGGUAUUCGUAUAGAAUUUCUCGGUGUGAUCGACUUCUACACGGAUCGCGGUAAUCGUGACGAGUUUAUUGCGCUAAGCCAGGAUCUGGCCAGACCUGGCAUUCUGUCACAGCCCACAACCUAUCCGUUUGAAUUCAGUCACAUUGAGAAGCCACAUGAAAGUUAUUGUGGCACGAAUGUGCGGUUGAGAUAUCUUCUUCGAGUAACUGUCCAACGACGCAUGACUGAUCUGACUACCGAACGGGAGAUUCUGGUCCAUGCACCAGCAAGAUAUCUGGAACCAGAUACUGGCAUUCAGAUGGAAGUUGGCAUUGAAGACAGCUUACACAUCGAGUUCGAGUACAACAAAUCAAAAUAUCACUUACAAGAUGUUAUCGUGGGCAAAAUCUAUUUUCUCCUCGUUCGUGUAAAGAUCAAGAAUAUGGAAAUUCAGAUUCUGAAACGAGAAACUCUCGGGUCCGGCCCGAACUCAUAUAGUGAUUCCGAAACGUUAGCCAAAUAUGAGAUUAUGGAUGGUGCGCCGGUUCGGGGCGAAUCCAUUCCUAUUCGUUUGUUUCUCCAUGGUUACUCCUUAACUCCGACUAUGCGUGACGUCAACCGCAAGUUCUCCGUGCGAUUCUUUCUCAACCUUGUGUUGUUGGAUGAAGAAGACCGCCGAUACUAUAAACAACAGGAAAUCGUACUUUAUCGGAAACCAGAUCGACGGCGCAAGCCACUGGGACCAUCUGCAUGUGUGCCAGAUACGGUCUCGUCCGCUACUACUGGUCUUCAGCAAAAAGAGAACAACGAGCCAAACACAACCUCCGACGAUCAUUCUGAGUUAACUGAGGCAGGAGAUAGGCCGUCCGAAGAGAACGAUGUGUUUGCCGAACGUACAUCUGGAGUUGCGGAAACGGAACACAAAACCCCAGAGGAAACGUUUCUGGCAGCUACAGGUAAAGAAGCAUCUGCCAAAGGCGUCGCUGUUCCGGAUCGUCCAGCUAUCACCCUAUCUGACGUGGAGUUUGAUGACAACGAUCACGAACAGGACAGCGAGGGAUCAGAAUCCCCGGGGAUAUCGCGUACAGCUCGUAGCAUGCAUCGAUACGAAUCUAGACAUGAUCGAUCUCUCACCAAACCGGAUGGGUCACCCAACGCGGAAGACUCACAGAACAAGCGAACCAAUGAUGUGUUCAUUGAAGAGCCACAAGAGACGGCAACUUCACCGCACUCAAGCGCAUCGCCGAAACCAACUGAAACGAAGCCGAAUCAUUCCAAUACACCGGUUGAUGACAACGCGAAUGAAAUGUCGACGGUUGACGUGGCCUGA